GUUCACCAGUUCCGCGAGACCGAGACGCUGCAACCAUUCUCGCGCUCGGCCGUGGGUCGGGCAACCAUGGCGCGGGAGUCGAGCCUUCUGCUCUUCAUGCAGCUUCUGCUCGGCCCAGCUCUUGUGCGCAGCUCCAGCCCUCUCCCUCUGGUCCUCAACACUUGGCCUUUUAAGAAUGCAACCCAAGCAGCAUGGAAUACUUUAGCAUCUGGAGGUUCCACCCUGGAUGCCGUGGAGAAGGGCUGUGCUGUGUGUGAGAAAGAGCAGUGUGAUGGCACUGUAGGCUUUGGAGGAAGUCCCGAUGAGUUUGGAGAAACCACACUGGACGCUAUGAUCAUGGAUGGCACUACUAUGAAUGUAGGAGCAGUAGGAGAUCUUAGAAGAAUUAAAAAUGCUAUUGGUGUGGCACGAAAAGUACUGGAACAUACAACGCACACACUUUUAGCAGGAGAGUCAGCCACCAAGUUUGCCGAAAGUAUGGGAUUUGUCAAUGAGGAUUUAUCGACCAAUACUUCUCGAGCUCUUCAUUCAGAUUGGCUUGCUCGGAAUUGCCAGCCAAAUUAUUGGAGGAAUGUUAUACCAGAUGCUUCAAAAUACUGUGGACCUUACAAACCACCUAGUAUCUUAAAACAAGAUGGUUCUACCUAUAAAGAAACAGGAAAUAAUUACGGUCAUGAUACCAUUGGCAUGGUUGUAAUCCAUAAAAUGGGACAAACUGCUGCUGGUACAUCUACAAAUGGUAUAAAAUUCAAAAUACAUGGUCGAAUAGGAGAUUCACCAAUACCUGGAGCCGGGGCCUAUGCCGAUGAUACUGCUGGAGCAGCUGCAGCUACUGGGGAUGGGGAUAUACUGAUGCGCUUUCUACCAAGCUACCAAGCUGUAGAAUACAUGAGAAGAGGAGAAAAUCCAACCAUAGCUUGCCAGAAAGUGAUUUCAAGAAUUCAUAAGUAUUUUCCAAAGUUCUUUGGGGCUGUUAUAUGUGCAAAUGUGACUGGAAGUUAUGGUGCUGCUUGCAAUAAACUACCAACAUUUACUCAGUUUAGUUUCAUGGUUUAUAAUUCUCAAAAAAAUCAGCCAGUUGAGGAAAAAGUAGACUGCAUCUAAUCCAUCUUUUCUGUCAGCAUCUAUAUUUAAAGAAGAAAGAAGCAAAGGCUGAAAAGGUUACUCACUAUCACUGCAGAGUAUGCCUCAUACAUUCUAAAUUCUUUUUGUAAAAUAAGCACAAAUAAGUUUAUGCUGAAGUAGCACUUUUUAAUAUAUGGAAUUUUUGGUUAUCUACUUUUAUUUAAGCUUUGUAUCUUUGUAUAUUGCCUGAAAAUGAAUAUGUCCAUGUGUAUGUAAUUUUUAUAUGUUUAAAUUUUAAAUGAUAUUUGGAUUUCUGCUCAAUUUUUUAAGAAAUUGCCACUUUGGAGAUUUAUUUCCAUAGUGAUAUAUUAAAGCCAAAAGAAAUAAUCUAUUUAGAUAUUUAAAAUAGAGUAUCAAGUUUUUUGGACCCAAGAAAAAGGUAAGGAUUAGGCACAGCAUGAUUAGUCCUGAUUGAAUUUUAGUACAUUCAAAUGAUAUGUCUGUUAUCACUGAUUAUCAAUUUUACUUCCUGCUAGCUUAAAGAAGAAAGAAUGCUGUUAAAGGUGAUUUUUGUUUUGUUCACAUUAGAAAAUACAGGCAGUCUUCUGAUGAGCAAUUGUAUUUAUCUUUUUGGGUUUUUUUUUCUCUCUGAUAGAACUCUCAAUAUGUGAAAGUUCUUUAGCCACAAAAAUCUGUGAUUUUUUAGCUGCUAAUAUUUAGUAUUAAUUUCUUCCGAAAAUGAUUUUGGGAAUUUGAUCUAUACUGUGGUUUUACUAAUCCCUUGUGCUGUGGUUGGUGAUUGCAGUUAGAGAUAAGUCAGGAAGUAGCCAUUGUCUAGCUUCGUCUUGUUUUCCUAAGUGCUGAGUCCAGUAUCUGACUGAGAACUAUACAGAAUUGAAUGUGUGCUUUCUCAGCAUCAUCUUUUUCUACAAAAUCAUUAUCUUUACCAUCAGGAGUCAGUAAUAACACAAUAUGUACAAUAUUGUCCUCAAGCUUUAUUAUAUCUGCUCUGUUUUUUCUAUACUCAUCUUAAUAUUUAAUGUUCUUUAUAAUUUAGAACUAGAAAGCUAUAGUUUUGAGAAUGCUCUUAGGGCACUUGUUCUUGGACCUUGCUAUGUAUUGUAAUUGUCUGGGAAGCCUUCUCUUCUAUCCCAAGUCAUAUUUUUCACAAAUGAGAACAUGAAAGCUAGAAUUAGCAGACUACUAAUGAUAGCCUGAAAGCUAAUAAGGAGAUAAUUCUAUACCUUCUCAUGAGGGUUCCCAUGAGGUAUGUGGAUUUGCUGAAAUCUGAUACUGGGCCUUAGAACGAGGGGAAGAAAAAUUUAAACUCUCAGUAUAUUAAUAGCAAAUGGGAUGCCUGUUUUGUGUGUUUGCUAUUUGUUAGUAUGUUAGGCAACCAUGUGCCACCAGAAAAAAUGAUAUUAUUGAAAGUCUGUCACUCCCCAGCAAAUUAGGAGUUUAGCUGACAAAAACAACCCAUGUAUUUUUUUAAAAAGUAUUUUCUCUGUAAUUCACAGUCUUCCUGGUGGAAAUAAUUUUUCUAUAUAUCUAAUGUAGAAAGAUAGAAAUGAAAUUAGCUUUGGAAAUAUAUUUCUGAAUUUCUAGAUUUGAAUGUAAUAUAAAUUAAAUGCUGUAGCUGCGUUGUCCUUUCUUUUGAAAAGUUAAAAUUACUUUUUUGUCCCUGGUGAUGAUGUACACAGGAAACACCUCUUUGAUGAUGAUGUUGUGAUAUCAGUGAUCACUACGGUUGUAGGAGAGACAUGUAGAAAUCUAGUGAAAUAGCACAGUAUGUAAAGAGAAUUGUGAGCCAAUCAUAAAUUGAACUUGGAAAUUAUUCACUAAAACUUGGUAAAAGCAAGAAAGUUACUCGGGAAGGGAACCAUGGACAACUUAAUCAUUUAACUUUUUAUGGCAGAUAGUAGUUGAUGGUUUGUUUCACAUAUAUCCUAGUUGUAUAGAUUACAUGGCUGUUAGAUAGCUUAGGAUAAAGGUAAAAGAUUCUUCUCUAUCCUGCCAGUUUCUUCUUCUUCUUUUUUCUUCUUCUUCUUCUUCUUCUUCUUUUCAUCCUAUGGAAAAUGUUGUUACUUGCCUACUAAGGUGAAAUUAAAUUGUCCCCUCACACAUACGGAUUAAUCAACUUUCUUAAGUGAUUCAUAGAACAUUAACAUUGUCACCUGAAUAUAUUAUUUACACACAGAGUGCUUGCCAUCAAAUUCUGUUCUCAUCUCUUUUCAGCUAACACAUUUCAUCUCAUUUAACAUUUCUAGCAUACAUAGCAAAGAAGUUUAGUGGGCUUUGAGUAUUAUCUUAGCUCAGUUUAACAGCACCAUUUAGAAAAAGGAAGCGAUUUUGGUAUCAGCAAUAUCAAAGUUUCUUGAUUAUUCCCCCAGAGACUAGAUGACUUCAAGAGUUUGGUAUUUUUAGCACACUGGGCAAAGAUGAAAACCUUAACCAGAAAUAUACAAUAAAGAAUUUGGUAAUUUUAUGCUCUUAUUUAUUUGCAUUGAUUAAUCCCUGGAACAAACUUUUUUAGUUAAUUAUCUGACUUUACUGAAAUGGGCAACAAUGACUCUUUUGUGUGUGUUGAGUUAAUUUUCCUAGCCGUAGUAUAAACUGUGGAGUCAAGUCCUGUUCCCAAGCAGCUCCAGCUCUGCCAAUCCUGCAUAUGGCAGGACUGCUCUUCUAGUCCCUUGUGAUUUGGCACAGCCAUGUGACUGGUUCUGGUAAGAAUUUUCAAGCAGAAGUGAAGAGUAUGAGACUUUCCUGUGCUGUUUUUCAGUCAUGACUACAUGAUGUGGCUGCCCCAUCAACCCGAGUCCUUGAGCGACUAUAAUGAAUGGACCCCAUGACAACACACAGUGAACACACAUAAAUAAGAAAUAACCCUGUGUUAUUGUGACCACCCAGCAUAAACUACCCUGUCCUGACUGAUACAUCAAAUAUGCAUAAAUAGUUUAAAAUAUUUUUGGAGAUUAUUAAACUAAUGACAAAUGAACUCUUUAAAAAACAAAAGAAAAUUUAGAAAAGGCAAAGAUAACCUAGAAUAGUACUGGUUAGAGAUUAACAAACAGGUUAAAGGGUAGGAAAAUGAUGGAUGAUUUCUUAAAAAUACUUCUUAAAAAAAUCAUAUAUACUGUUUGUUUCCAAUUAUAACAGUUAAAAAGGGCAAAAUUAUGAAGACAGUAAAAAGAUAAGCAUUUGACAGGGGUUGAGGGAGGGAAGGAUGAAUAGGAGAACACAGGAUUUUUAGAGCAGUGAAACUAUUCUACAUAAUGCUAUAAUGGAUACAUGUUAUCAUACAUUUGCCCAAACCUAUUGAGUGUACAACACCAAGAGUGAACCCUAAUGUAAACUAUGGACUGCAGGUGAUAAAUAUGUAUCAAUGUAGGUUCAUCAUUGUAAUAAAUGCAUCAUUCUGCUUCUGAAGUUGGUGGUAGGGGAAGCUGUGUGCAUUAGAGCAGUGGUCCCCAACCUUUUUGGCACCAGGAACCGGUGCUCCUAUGAGAAUCUAAUGCCCCACGAUCUGAGAUGAAACUGAGGCGGUGAUGCUACUUAGCACUGAGAAGCAGCUGCAAAUACAGAUGAAGCUUUCGCUUGCUUGCUGCCCAUAGGUCACCUCCUGCUGUACGGCCCAGUUCCUAACAGGUUGGGGACUCCUGCAUUAAGGGAUAUUAAGGAAACUUUUCUGUACUUUCUGUUCAACUUUGCUGUGAGCCUGAAACUGCUGUAAACAAAAGUCUAAAAGGAAAAAACAUAUAUAUAUAUAUAUAUUAUUUUUUAUAAUGGAGAAGGGAAGAUCAAGUAUUAAAGGUCUUACAUCUGAGUAAUAUUGGAGUAUUAUAUAAUAAUAGCCUGUAUUAAUUGAGCACUUAGUACUAAGCAGGUUUACAUAUAUUAUUUAAUUCUAUCAAAGCCAAUGAGGAGGAUAAUAGUAUCCAGUGAGGAGGUUUAGAUAUCUCACAUGCAGUAGCUGAAUUAGGUCUGGCUUGCAUGGUGCUGGCUUUUGUUCUAUUCUGGCUUUUAUUCGGAUUAUCUUUUCAAGAACAUUUCUAUAGCAGAAGCCUCGAAGAUUAAGAUAGCAUCUCCCUCCAGGGCAAGAGGCAAUUUGUUUGUUGUCCAACAUAACAAAGAUAAUCUCUCCUUUUGAGGUGAAAGGUAGGCAGAUUUGCUCGCAGCCUCCUUAUGGAACAUUUGGGUUUCCUAAAUUUGAGGUUCCUCAGCUGUGAUGCGAGCUUACUGUGUGCAGUACCCAGUGAGUCCACCUCUCUGUUUCCCCAGGGAAACCUAAGAGGGACCUGAAUGUGAAGAUUAUGCUCUUCGCUGUGCUCCAACCAAUAAGGUUCUUUGUCUUUUAUCCAGAUAUCUCUUGUCUUCUGCCAGCUUCCAUAGGAUAAUAUCUGUAAUUCUUCACAGUUCUUGACAGUAAUUAGUAAGAAAUCCCUGAUUUUGUUAUUACUGUUCCUUGCAUAUUUUGGGGUAAAACAUUGUAGACCUGCAGGUCAGUUGAAAAUAAAAUCAAAGACUACAGUCCAUAAAGAAUGGUUUACAAAGGCCAAGGACAACCCUCUUGAGAUUGUUCACAUAGUGAACAUUCAAUUAAUUAUGCUAAAAUUUACCAGCAAUCCAUCAUGCUAUCCAGGGGUCCCAUCUAAAACACCUAAAUAUUAACUCUAUUCCUUUGAAUAAAAUAACCAGGAACUAAUACAAUUCAAAUUUUAACUGAUUGCACUGUUAAAUAAUGUAUAACAAAUAAUAGAAAUCUCAAACGAUACUCAGUUUCCUCUCUUUGGUCUAUUCUUAAUAGACCUUGAUUAACUCUUAUAGAAUACUGACCUGAAGUUAGAAAUAUACAUGUAUGCUGUACAUACAUAAACAAAAAAGUCUAUUUCCAAUACAGCACGCAAGUGAUUCCUUUUGGUUUCAGAAGGCAAAUAAUAGACUGUAUAUUUAAUUGAGAUAUUAUAUACAGAUUAUAAUAUACUUUUAAAGCCCAUAAUUUUUAAUUGUUGAACUUCUUUUUAAAGUGUCAUUACAUCUGGUGCUUGGAGAUUGAAUUCGGAGCUAAGCACAUAAUUGAACUCAUUUAGUAUCUUAAUUGUUUAAUUAAAUUCAUUUGAAUAAAAACUGGUGACAUAAAUGUGUAUCUUAAUUGGAUGCUAAUUAUGAGAAUAAUUAAGACCGAUUUAUGUCAUUUUACUGGUCAUUUUAAAAAAAAGAUUAUGAGACCUUUAAUACUAAAAUAUUUAAAAUUUUUGUUUUUAAAAAAACUUCUGAGUAUUAUGCUAGUCAUGUAUUACUCAGUAUAAUUUCAACACCUGGCUUACAAAGUUAAAAAGAUAGAAUAAUGAAGUCUACAAAAAUAUAUGAAUUGUUUGUAUGUGGGACAUAUGUGCUAUAUGAUGUUUCCUUAAACAACCAGGGUCAGCCAGUAAAGAAGUGCCAUAUUUCAGUAUUUGAAGAGAGCAUACCCAUUAGAAGGAUGAAGUAAUUGUCACAUUUAAGACGAAUGUAAUGAAAGUUAAAGCUGCCGUGAUUAACCUUUUUGCUUCUAAGUUAAAGAGACAGAAGUCAUUUAUGGUUCUAAGGCGAUAACAUUGCACUAAAGUAUAGAUCAACUGAUUUAAAUGUGUGACCUUUCUAUGCUGUGUACUAGAUGUGAUUGCUCAUUUUCUUUAAAAUUUGGUUCCUAUAACAUGGAUGUCAACAGAUAAUAUUUAUAAGAAAAUCAUAUAUUAGAGUAAAUGUGAAAAAGUAAAGUCUUUUCCAAUUGCUAGCAAUCUCUAACUUUUACAAAAUCCUUAAGCACCAUAAAUGUCAAAAUAUUUCUUUUUGCUACUAAAUAAAACCAGUAUCAUUUGUUUUC